CUUUCGGUAAAUGACAGUGGCUCAGGAAACCAAGGGGCCCACACAGGAAGGAGCCGAGUGGGACUUUCCUCUCGCUGCCUCCCGGCUCUGCUCUCCCUUCGAAGGUCCAGGGUCCCUGCCUGCUAGGCAAGUUGCACUCAUGGCACCUCCGAGUGAGGAGACACCCCUGAUCCCUCAGCGCUCCUGCAGCCUCUUGUCCACGGAGGCUGGUGCCCUGCACGUGCUACUGCCCGCUCGGGGCCCCGGGCCCCCCCAGCGCCUAUCUUUCUCCUUUGGGGACCACUUGGCUGAGGACCUGUGCGUGCAGGCUGCCAAGGCCAGCGGCAUCCUGCCUGUGUACCACUCCCUCUUUGCUCUGGCCACGGAGGACCUGUCCUACUGGUUCCCCCCAAGCCACAUCUUCUCCGUGGAGGAUGCCAGCACCCAAGUCCUGCUCUACAGGAUUCGUUUUUACUUCCCCAAUUGGUUUGGGCUGGACAAGUGCCACCGCUUCGGGCUACGCAAGGAUUUGGCCAGCGCUAUCCUUGACCUGCCAGUCCUGGAGCACCUCUUUGCCCAGCACCGCAGUGACCUGGUGAGUGGGCGCCUCGCUGUGGGCCUCAGCCUCAAGGAGCAGGGUGAGUGUCUCAGCCUGGCCGUGCUGGACCUGGCCCGGAUGGCGCGAGAGCAGGCCCAGCGGCCAGGAGAGCUGCUGAAGACUGUCAGCUACAAGGCCUGCCUGCCCCCAAGCCUGCGCGACCUGAUCCAGGGCCUGAGCUUCGUGACGCGGAGGCGUAUUCGGAGGACAGUACGCAGGGCCCUGCGCCGCGUGGCCGCCUGCCAGGCCGACCGGCACUCGCUCAUGGCCAAGUACAUUAUGGAUCUGGAGCGGCUGGAUCCGGCUGGGGCCGCCGAGACCUUCCACGUGAGCCUCCCUGGGGUCCCUGGUGGCCAGGACGGGCUGGGGCUGCUCCGCGUGGCUGGUGACGGAGGCAUCGCCUGGACCCAGGGAGAACAGGAGGUGAGGGCGGACCCUCCGCUGGGCGGGACCAACGUGGGUCUGGACUUUGCCAUAAACAAGCUUAAGAAUGGGGGCUCACGUCCUGGCUCCUAUGUUCUCCGCCGCAGCCCCCAGGACUUUGACAGCUUCCUCCUCACUGUCUGUGUACAGACCCCCCUUGGUCCUGAUUAUAAAGGUUGCCUCAUUCGGCGCAGCCCCACAGGGAGCUUCUUUCUGGUUGGCCUCAGCCGAUCCCACAGCAGUCUUCGAGAGCUCCUGGCAGCCUGCUGGGAUGGGGGGCUGCACGUAGAUGGGGUCACAGUGACCCUCACCUCCUGCUGUAUCCCCAGACCCAAAGAAAAGUCCAACUUGAUCGUGGUCCAGAGAGGUCGCAGCCCACCCACGUCCUCCCUGGUUCAGCCCCAAUCCCAAUGCCAGCUGAGUCAGAUGAUAUUUCACAAGAUCCCCGCUGACAGCCUAGAGUGGCAUGAGAACCUGGGCCAUGGGUCCUUCACCAAGAUUUACCGGGGCUGUCGUCACGAGGCGGUGGAUGGGGAGUCCCGAAAGACAGAGGUGCUGCUAAAAGUGAUGGAUGCUAAGCACAAGAACUGCAUGGAGUCAUUCCUGGAAGCAGCGAGCUUGAUGAGCCAAGUGUCGUACCGGCAUCUCGUGCUGCUCCACGGCGUGUGCAUGGCUGGAGACAGCACCAUGGUGCAAGAAUUUGUACACCUGGGGGCGAUAGACACGUAUCUGCGAAAACGUGGCCACCUGGUACCAGCCAGCUGGAAGCUGCAGGUGGUCAAACAGCUGGCCUACGCCCUCAACUAUCUGGAGGACAAAGGCCUCCCCCAUGGCAAUGUCUCUGCCCGGAAGGUGCUCCUGGCUCGGGAGGGCACUGAUGGGAGCCCGCCCUUCAUCAAGCUAAGUGACCCUGGGGUCAGCCCCGCUGUGUUAAGCCUGGAGAUGCUCACCGACAGGAUCCCCUGGGUGGCUCCCGAGUGUCUUUGGAAGGCCCAGACACUUAGCUUGGAAGCUGACAAGUGGGGCUUCGGCGCCACGGUCUGGGAGGUGUUUAGUGGCGUCACCAUGCCCAUCAGCGCCCUGGAUCCUGCUAAGAAACUCCAAUUUUAUGAGGACCGGCAGCAGCUGCCAGCCCCCAAGUGGACAGAGCUGGCCCUGCUAAUUCAGCAGUGCAUGGCCUAUGAGCCAGUCCAGAGGCCCUCCUUCCGAGCCGUCAUUCGUGACCUCAACAGCCUCAUCUCUUCAGACUAUGAGCUCCUCUCAGACCCCACACCUGGUGCCCUGGCACCUCGUGAUGGGCUGUGGAAUGGUGCCCAGCUCUAUGCCUGCCAAGACCCCACGAUCUUCGAGGAGAGACACCUCAAGUACAUCUCACAGCUGGGCAAGGGCAACUUUGGCAGCGUGGAGCUGUGCCGCUAUGACCCGCUAGGCGACAACACAGGUGCCCUGGUGGCCGUGAAACAGCUGCAGCACAGCGGGCCAGACCAGCAGAGGGACUUCCAGCGGGAGAUUCAGAUCCUCAAAGCACUGCACAGUGAUUUCAUUGUCAAGUAUCGUGGUGUCAGCUACGGCCCGGGCCGCCAGAGCCUGCGGCUGGUCAUGGAGUACCUGCCCAGCGGCUGCUUGCGCGACUUCCUGCAGCGGCACCGCGCGCGCCUCGAUGCCAGCCGCCUCCUGCUCUACUCCUCGCAGAUCUGCAAGGGCAUGGAGUACCUGGGUUCCCGCCGCUGCGUGCACCGCGACCUGGCCGCCCGAAACAUCCUGGUGGAGAGCGAGGCACACGUCAAGAUCGCUGACUUCGGCCUAGCUAAGCUGCUGCCGCUUGACAAAGACUACUACGUGGUCCGCGAGCCGGGCCAGAGCCCCAUUUUCUGGUAUGCCCCCGAAUCCCUCUCGGACAACAUCUUCUCUCGCCAGUCAGACGUCUGGAGCUUCGGGGUCGUCCUGUACGAGCUCUUCACCUACUGCGACAAAAGCUGCAGCCCCUCGGCCGAGUUUCUGCGGAUGAUGGGAUGUGAGCGGGAUGUCCCCGCCCUCUGCCGCCUCCUGGAGCUGCUGGAGGAGGGUCAGAGGCUGCCGGCGCCUCCUGCCUGCCCUGCUGAGGUUCACGAGCUCAUGAAGCUGUGCUGGGCCCCUAGCCCACAGGACCGGCCAUCAUUCAGCACCCUGGGCCCCCAGCUGGACAUGCUAUGGAGCGGAAGCCGGGGGUGUGAGACUCACGCCUUCACUGCUCACCCAGAGGGCAAACCACACUCCCUGUCCUUUUUAUAGCUCCUGCCGGCAGACCUCUGGAUUAGGUCUCUGUUGAUUGGCUGUGUGACCUUAGACAAGGAGCUGCCCCUCUCUGGGCCUCAGAGGCUUUAUAAGGGUCCUCUACUUCAGGAACACCCCCAUGACAUUGCAUUUGGGGGGCUUCCGUGGCUUGUGGAAUAGCCUGUGGCCUUUGCAAUUUGUUAAGAUUCAAGACAGAUUGGCAGAUGUGUCAGUGACGCUCUCUGAGCCCUGACCCAAAGAAGCAAGGAACCAAAUUUAAGACCCUCCCAUCUUCCUAUCCCCUCAAGCCCUGGCCCCCUGAGUUUCCUUUUCUCUCUCUCUCUCUUUUUAUUCUUAUUUUUAUUUUUGAGACAGAGCCUCGCUCUGUUACCCAGGGUGGAGUGCAGUGGUGCGAUCUCGGCUCGGUGCAACCUCUGCUUCCCAGGUUCAAGCGAUUCUCCUGCCUCAGCCUCCUAAGUAGCUGGGAUUACAGGUGUGCACCACCAUACCCAGCUAAUUUUUUUUAUUUUCAGUAGAGAUGAGGUUUCACCAUGACGGCCAGGCUGAUCUCAAACUCCUGACCUCAAGUGAUCCUCCCACCUCAGCCUCCCAAAGUGUUGGAAUAAUAGGCGUGAGCCACCACACUCGGGCUUUUAUUUUUUUAAUUUAUAAUUAUUAAUUUUAAGAGACAGGAUCUGGCUAUGUUGCCCAGGCUGGUCUUGAACUCCUGGGCUACAGUGAUCCUUCUGCCUCAGCCUCCCAGAUAGCUGGGACUACAGGCACCCAGUUUUGAGUUUCCUGUCUUAUUUUCAAUGGGGACAUUCAUGU